AUGGCCGGGACGCAUAAUCAACGCCGAGUCGCUGUGAUCGGCGCCGGAAUCAGUGGCGUCGUCUCCGCUGGUCAUCUUCUGGCUGCGGGUUUGGACGUCACUGUUUUUGAGAGGAAUCAGGCUCCGGGUGGUGUUUGGCUUCAUGAUGAACGACGGCCCCUUGAGCCGAAUUAUCCAUCCAUUAAGCCGUCGGAGGCGGAUAAGACAGGGAAACGGGGGACGGAAGAUGAGGCGAAGUUGGCGUUGGAGCAUGCUCCUCCGGGGCCUUGUUAUGAUGGUUUGAAGAAUAAUGUGUCGACGCCGUUGAUGCGAGUCAAACUUAAUGCGUGGCCGGAGGGAACUCCGGAUUUCGUCAGCCAUACGGUAAUGCAGGCGUAUAUUCAAGAUACGGCGGAGAAAUCGGGCGUGCAUGAUGCGACGAUUUACGGGGCAAGAGUGAAGAAUGUCUCGAAGGAGGGAGAGACGUGGCUUGUGACGUGGUCGAGAUUACGUGAAAACGAAGAGACGGGGGUAGUUGAGGAGGUGGAGCAGAUUUCGACAUUUGAUUCGGUGAUUGUCGCGUCCGGCCAUUAUCAUGCUGCUCGAGUUCCUGAUAUCGCUGGUUUGUCGGAGGCCAAGUCGAAAUGGCCGUCGCGGAUCAUCCAUUCGAAGGGUUAUCGGAAGCCGCAUGAGUUCAAAGACAAGAAUAUUCUACUCAUCGGCGGAGGCGUGUCCUCGCUCGACAUAUCACGAGAAAUCGGUCCAGUCUCAAAGAAUGUCUACCAGAGCACCCGAAACGGCGAGUUCGAUCUAUCCCCGAAUAUGCUUCCUGAGAAUGGAGUUCGCAUUAGCGAGGUGUCGCACUUUGAAAUACAAGAUGAGGGUCGGGAUCUGGCAGACGGCGAGCCCCUACCCAUCGUAGCGCAUCUCAAAUCAGGACAGAGGCUUUGCGGUCUCGAUGGAGUCAUCAUCUGUACUGGCUAUCACAUCACGCUCCCCUUCCUGCCUGGAUAUCACAACGACGAAAUCUCGCCAGCGAAUGCCGACGACCGAAUUCUAGUCACAGAUGGGACACAGGUGCAUAACUUGCACAAAGACAUCUUUUACAUCCCCGACCCAACGCUCAUCUUUAUCGGAAUCCCAUAUUAUACGGCAACAUUCACGUUGUUCGAAUUCCAAGCGAUUGUCGCGACGGCAAUUCUGUCAGGGAUCGCGCAACUCCCAACAGAAGCUGAAAUGAGAACCGAAUACAACGAGCGCGUGGACCGCAUCGGGGCCGGAAGAAAGUUCCACUCUCUAAAAGACAUCGAGGAACUCUACGUCGCAGACCUUCUGGACUGGGUCAACCGUUAUCGGGAAAGUCAGGGACUGUCCGCGAUCGAAGGCCACACGCCGAUCUGGCACGAGGCCAAAGCCGCACAGCGAGAACGGGUCCGAAACCUUUUCCAAGCGACGGCGGAGAGGCGUGAUAGCGGUAUCGGAGAGCUUCCGGUGCUGGAGGCAAUGGCCCCCCCAGCAGCCGCGACGGAGGAACGUGCCGUCGACGCAUCCAGCGACGUCAUUCAGAAAGCGCCCAAGCGGAGAUGGGUCAGUUAUAUCUGGGAUACGUUUGAUAAAUCGCCCGAGGAACGAAGGUUGUUGUUUAAGUUGGAUACGGCGAUUUUGACAUUUGCGUCGCUUGGCUAUUUCAUCAAAUAUCUGGAUCAGAUUAAUAUCAACAAUGCUUUCGUUUCGGGGAUGAAAGAGGAUCUAAGCCUCUACGGCAACGAGCUCAAUUACAUGCAAACAUGCUGGACAGUUGGCUACGUGAUCGGCGAGAUACCCAGCAAUAUCAUCCUCACGCGAAUUCGACCGCGAUACUGGAUCCCGGCCAUGGAGCUCCUCUGGACGGUCUUGACUUUCGCCAUGUCAAGAUGCAACACUGCGACUCAAUUCUACGUUCUUCGGUUCUUCGUUGGACUGGCCGAAAGCACCUUCUAUCCCGGCAUGCAAUACAUAAUCGGAUCCUGGUACCGCAAAGACGAGCUCGCGAAGCGAUCGUGUAUCUUCCACACGAGCAGCGGCAUCGCAAGUAUGUUCUCGGGGUAUCUGAUGGCAGCGGUGUACAAUCUUGAAGGAAGGGGCGGGUUUCGUGGAUGGCAAUGGCUGUUUAUCGUCGACGGCAUUAUUUCCCUCCCUGUCGCAUUGAGCGGGUUUUUUGUCCUCCCUGAUGUUCCGGAGAUCAGUAAUCCUUGGUACUUGAGUAAGGACGAGGUGGCGCUGUCGCAGAAACGAAUGCAGUUGGAGGGAAGACAGUCUCGACAGCCGUAUACAAAAGCCAAGCUGAAGAAGAUAUUUACGUCGUGGCAUAUUUACGUGUUGACGUUGUUGUAUAUGGCAUUUAACAAUGGUGGUACAGGUGGUCAGCCGGUUUUUCAACAAUAUCUCAAGGCCUCCAAAGACCCAAAGUACUCUGUCACGCAGAUCAACGCCUAUCCGACGACGACCAGUGCCGUUCAAGCCGUAAACAUAACAUGCUACAUCUCUCUCGCGAUAUGGGACAUUCCCGAGGGCUGGAAAUGGGCGUGCUUCAUCAUGUGCGGCGCGGGCUUCGGUCUAAGCGGAUUAUGCAUGGCAUGGGCACAUGAAAUCUGUUCCGACGACAACGAAGAACGAGCCUUGGUAGUCGGCAGCAUGAAUGAAAUGGCGUACGUGUUCCAGGCCUGGUUACCGCAGGUCGUGUGGCAGCAGGUCGAUGCGCCGAGGUACCAGAAAGGUUUCAUUGCUGUGACGAUUAUAUCGGCAAUUAUGAUCGCGACGGCGUUGACGACGAGGACGUUGCAUCAUAGGGAGGAUGCGCAAAAGGCUUUGCAAAAACGAGAGACUGAUCAAGAAGGAGAGGGAGACAGUAGUUUGGCGAGUUCACCAAAGGUUGGACCUGCUGAGCCAGAGGUGCCGAAGCUUUAG